CGAAACGUCCUGCCUGUGUCCUACAGGGUACAACAGUUCAUUUUAGGAGAGAUUCCUGGGUUCCCUGUUAAAGUAGGACUUCUGUCCCCAUUAGGUACGACUCUGCCCUCCGUCCCCUCUGUGGUCCCCUCAGUGUAAGCCGGCAGAUGGUCUAGUCCAGGGCCGCCCGUGGACCGCAGCGAGACCCGAGAACGAAAGGCAGGCCGCGCACGCAUGCGCAGAGGCGCAGCAUGGGGGCGGGAGCCGCUAAGCCCCUUCCCCGCCGCUGUGAAGAUCAUUGCUAGGAGGAACUCUGGGUACAAUUAUGAACACAGUGUGUGUAAUAAUGGCUCACAUCUUAAGAUCUCAUCUGAUAAAUGCUUCAAUGGUACCGAAUCGAAUGAAAAUGCCUCCAUAUCUUGGUGUCAUUAGAAACAGAAUGAUGUCAACUCAGAAAUCCAAAAAGAAGAUGAGAGACUAUUACAGGCUGCUGAAUCUGGAUGAAGGAUGCUCUGCAGAUGAUGUCAGGGAAGCUUUUCAUAAGCUUGCCAAGCAAUACCACCCAGACGGUGGUUCUAGUACAGCGGAUUCAGCAACAUUUAUACAGAUCGAAGAAGCUUAUAGGAAGGUGCUUUCCCACGUGGUAGCACAAGCAAAUGCCGGACAGAAUAAAGUUGAAGAAGCAGAGGAAGAGGAAGAAAAGUUCAAAUAUAAAACACCCCAACACCGACAUUAUUUAAGUUUUGAAGGUAUUGGUUUCGGAAGUCCCAGUCAACGAGAGAAGCAAUAUAGGCAAUUUAGAGCAGACCGUGCAACUGAACAAGUGAUGGAAUAUCAGAAGCAGAAACUACAAAGCCAGUAUUUCAUUGAUAGCGUAAUUGUUAAAGAUGUAAGACAGAGUAAAGAACAAAAGAUAACUCAGGCUAUUGAGCGUUUAGUAGAGGAUCUCAUUCAGGAAUCAAUGGCAAAAGGAGACUUUGACAAUCUCAGUGGGAAGGGAAAACCUCUAAAAAAAUUUUCUGGCUGUUCAUAUAUUGAUCCCAUGACUCACAACCUGAACAGAAUAUUGAUAGAUAAUGGAUACCAACCAGAAUGGAUCCUCAUGCAAAAGGAAAUAAAGGAUACUAUCGAUCAACUCAGAGAGGCAAUUUUAGUGUCAAGGAAAAAACUUGGGAAUCCAAUGACACCAACUGAACAGAAACAGUGGAACCAAGUUUGUGAGCAGUUUCACGAAAACAUCAGGAAACUGAACAAGCGAAUUAAUGAUUUUAAUUUAAUUGUUCCCCUCCUGAGCAGGCAAAAAGUCCAUUUUGAUGCACAGAAAGAGAUUGCCAGAGCCCAGGAAAUAUAUGAAGCCCUUAUGAAAACAAAAGAAGUCACAGAUAAAAACCCAAACAACACUGAUCAGGGAGAAGGGGAGAAAAUACCUGGAGUCAAGACAGGCUUUUUUCACUGGAUGAAUGUGUGGAAAUUUAUUAAAAUCUGACCAUUUAAAUAUCCAUAAUACUACCCCAAAUCAUUUUCAGUUGUACUGAUGUCAUACAUAGGGGAUGAUAUUUAUUGCUACAACACAAGAGUUUGAGAAAUGUAUGCCUCUGCACUUUUCACAAAACUAAUCACAUCUCUAGUGAUGUAUAAGUGAGAAAGUUGUAAGAAACUGAGAGAAGUGGUCAACCAGCUUUGCUCUGAGGAUAUUGCAAGAAAAGAACUCCUAAGAAAACAGUUUAAUCCAUUUCAGAGUUUAAAUGUCAGUCAUAGGUGAAACGCAUUAGGACAAGGACUCAGACUGGGAAUCAUAAAGGGUAGUCCAAAAGUCUUAGUGCACUUUUAAGCUCUAGUAACUUAAAGACCGUUGCUGUUGCUAUCUUCACAGCUACUUAAACAACAAUGAAAAAAACCCUAAGAAGUAUUAUAAAAAGUCACAAAACUAUGGAAGUAUGGAAUCUAGGCAAGCAAACCUCCAAAUGAUGAAUGUUCUUUGCAAGCUUGCUGCAUUUCGACCUUGUGGUUAUUAAAGUUUAAAACUGUUCUAAGACUUUUGGGAUACUCUUUAUGUGGAUGGAAAUGUUAUGAUCAGGAAAUUAGCCCAAAGGAGUUACUGUACUCUCCCUUUUUUAUAAAGACCUUCCUUGUGGGUAUUGAAUAACACACACACACACACACACACACACACACACACACACACUAUCUGGGUUGUGCUUUUUCCUUCCCAACUUCGUUAUCUUGGCUAUAGAGAAAUCCAUCAGCCAAGAUAGUUGAUAUAGCUGUUCUAGAAAUAAACUCCAGUGGCCAUUUUAAAGAGUUUGGGUGUAUUUUCUAUCCUUUUGGAGAUUAAAAAAAAAAAAAAAGUCCUUGGGCUCAAUGGAAAUUUAAGAUUUCACUCUGGCUUCAUCUCUAAUCAGAGAUUGAAAUGUUAGGUUUACAUAUAUCUAUCUGAAGCCUGUCUUUGUCAUGUAUCAGAUUUCCCAGAGGCUUUUUCCAUAUGAGAAUCUCAAUUUAGGGAUCCAAUUUCCUGUCUUAGGAACCCUUUCACACACAAAAAGAUGUCUGGAUUUUGUGCCAGUUUGCACUUUUGACGAAUGACAAAGAGAUUAACAUUCGUGAGAUUGUGUUCUGUCCACUUUCAGAAAAUCUGCCUUUUUUAGAUUUGUGUAAUUGCUUUAGCCACAGAACUGGGCAACUAGAAGGAUACAGAGGGUGGUCAAACUGAGCAGAUCUUUUUCCUUAUUUAGAGUGUUGUGUUAUGGAUGUUGUUCAAAAAUGGCACCUGCCACUCUGAUCUUGAAAGAACAAGUUUUUUUUAAAUUUUUUUUAUGUUUAUUCAUUUUUGAAAGACAGAGAGAGACAGAGCACAAGCAGGGGUGGGGUGGAGAGAAAGGGGGACACAGAAUCCGAAGCAGGCUCCAGACUCUGAGCUGUCAGCACAGAGCCCGACGCGGGGCUCGAACUCACAAACUGUGAGAUCAUGACCUGAGCCGAAGCCAGACGCUCAACCGACUGGGCCACCCAGGCGCCCCAAGAACAAGUUAUUUUGUAAAGUAUGUGAUAGUUAAGUCAAACUAUAUCUUCAAAAGGAAAUUUCAGGACUUUCUGCUUACAUGAUGGGGUAAUUAAUUGGUAUAAUAUUUGAUUAUUAAAUGAGUUAUGUGGCUUCUACAAUGAUGCCAUUACUCUAAACAAAACUGUGAAAAGUGUGAAAUAAAGCUACAUAAUAAGAACUAUGGUUAUAAAACAUUUUAGAAGGCUUUGGUUCUGUGAAUUUCGUUAAUGGGAAUUAGAUGUAUGAUACCUAGUUGAAUUGUAGCAACCUAUAUAAAGGAAACCAUUUUCAAUAUUGGAUCACGGAUGGUAAAGUUACUGGAAAACUCUAGUAAAUCCUCAAUUUCAGCACAGGACACUUUAUAAAUAUUGUCUAUAUUAGUAAGAUUAAUAAAGUUAAUUUUAAUGAUUA